AUGUCUUCACUAAAACGGGAGAAGGUAUUAAAUCUAAACGGUCUUUAUCCAGCCCUUUUCAAAGAAUACGGAGGAUCCUUAGUGGAACACCCAACAAAGCUUAUUUGGAAAGAAGAAUUGACCAUGCCCACAGGUAUUCCCAUCUUCAAAGAGGGUAGGCGGAUGCUGUGUGUAAACCACUAUGGCAUCAGCCCAUUAGCUAAGGCAUCAAAGGUUCUUUCUGGUCUGAUUUCCGUCCUGCACGAGGAUGCAUCUAUCAUAUCUUCACUCUCCGAAAUAAUUGGUAUCUGCGUGUUGGAAGUCUAUUUGUGUACACAGAGCAAAAAUAUGAAUCCUAAUUUCACACAAACGACAACAGUGAGGGGGACUAGUAAUUUGUGCUUUCUUCAGGAUAACGAUUUGAAUCCAACUGUGACAACAAUCACUUUGUCAACUCGAUUAGUCGGCUUGAAAAACCCAGUCGCAUGUGGAACGGACGAUCGCUGCAUCAGUAGAGGUCAACAUCUGUCAAUCCCAACGACGGAGCUAGCCUUCUCCCUCUGUGGCGUGGACUUGAUGCACGACGUAGUAGGCGAUGGGUCGAACAGGAAUCUGGACAGUGACAUAACAGAACUACAAUGUGAGUCACAUGCCUGUCCCAGCGCACACAAAAAGUAUUCCACAGAACAAGAGGACUAG